AUCGAAUCCUUAAGGGAUUGUUAUAUAUCGAGAGGCCGAAGAAAUCGGUAAUCACAGAGAGAGGAAAAAUAAGAAGAUGUCCAAUCUUCCAAGAGAUUUGUCGGAGGAGGUGCUCUGUAGAAUUCCGUUGACAUCUCUGAGGCCUGUCCGAUCUACUUGCAAAAAGUGGAGCACUUUAUCCAAAUGUGGGAGCUUUGCAAAGAAGCACCUUGCUCAAGCAAAAGUAGCAGAAGCAAAGGAGUUCAUGGUGGUCAUGAUGAUGAAUUUUAGGGUUUAUUUGAUGAGAGUCAAUCUUCAAAACACGGUUGAAUCAUCAUGUAUAAAACGCGAAGCUAAACUUAUUGGCUUAGGCGAUGAUGAACUUGAUAUAUCUCAAGUCUUUCACUGCGACGGUUUAUUGUUAUGCAUCAGCAUCACCAAAGACAAGACUAGGCUCGUGGUUUGGAACCCCUAUUGGGGGCAUACCCGUCCAAUCGAGCCCACACAUCAAUUCAACAAACUCGAUAGCUAUUCGUAUGCUCUCGGAUACGACAAGAGCAGCGAAUCCCACAAAAUCUUGAGGGGUAUUACUUGUUUGAAGCCCCAUUUUGAUGAGUUCAAAAUCUACGAUUUUAACUCUGAUUCAUGGAGGGUUCUUGAUGUCACUCCAGACUGGCACUUAAGGACUAUUCACCAUGGCGUGUCUCUCAAGGGAAAUGCGUACUGGUUUGCUGAAGAGAAGUAUUCCGAAACCAGAGAAAUAGACGAUUUUUUCUUAGUCUGUUUUGAUUUCACAAGAGAGACAUUUGGGCCGCCUUUGCCUCUUCCGUUUGAGUUUGCUGUUUCUGAAGAUGCUAUGAGUGUAUCUAGUGUUAGAGAAGAGCAGCUUGCUGUUUUAUAUCAGCCGUGGGAUACAUUAAAGAUGGAGAUCUGGGUUACGUCUAAGAUUGAGCCCAACGCGGUCUCCUGGAACAGCAAGGUGUUCUUAUCAGUGAGUUUAAAACAACUCAUUGGCCCUCAGUUUCAUUUUUAUUUGGGGAGUUUCUUCAUUGACGAGGAGAAGAAAGUCGCUGUGGUUUUUGAUAAAGACUACAAAGAUAAGCGCAACAUGGCUUACAUCAUUGGAGUGGAUGGAUCCUUUAAAGAAGUGGAUCUUGGAGAAUCAGACGUAAGGUGUUACCCACUCGUGUGCUCUUAUGUUCCAAGUCUAGUGAAACUUAAUUAGUCGACCAUCUAUUUCUUGCUUGUUUUUUUUUCUUUCUCUUUUGUCAUCUUCUUUGAACAAGAUCAUUAGUUUCUCAAUAAAAUUUGAUUUUGUUUC